AUGGAAAGGACCAAUAAAAGCAGCCCAAUGGGAUUCAUUCUGUUGGGUUUUUCUGACCAGCCUCAAAUGGAAACAAUCCUCCUUUUCGUCAUCGCCAUAUUUUAUGUUCUUACCCUGAUGGGGAAUACAACUAUCAUCCUGGUGUCUUUCCUGGAUCCCAAACUCCACAGCCCAAUGUAUUUCUUCCUCUCCAACCUCUCUUUUCUGGAUAUUUGCUUCACCACCAGCAUUAUCCCUCAGAUGUUAUGGAAUCUUAGCGGUACUAAUAAAACCAUCACUUACACUGGUUGCAUUAUACAGCUAUAUAUUUUUCUGGGGGUAGGUUCCACUGAGUGCAUCCUUCUGACUGUCAUGGCUUAUGAUCGAUAUAUUGCCAUCUGUCGUCCUCUUCACUAUAAUGUUAUCAUGCAUCCAAGGUUUCUCAAACAGUUGGCAGCUGUGAUUUGGGUCAGUGGUUUUGUGGGGCCUUUGAUUCAAUCAAUAUUGACUUUUCAGUUGCCUCUUUGCAGUCACCACAGGGUGGAACAUUUUAUGUGUGAGGCUCCAGCUUUGAUCAAAAUUGCUGCUGUAGACACCACCAUUAUAGAAACUGAGCUUUCCAUAGCCAGUAUCCUGUAUGUUGUAAUACCUUUGGCUCUUAUCCUGGUUUCUUAUGGCUGCAUUGCUAGAACUACAUUAAGGAUGAACUCGGCUGAAGGUCGUUGGAAAUUAUUUGGAACCUGUGGUUCCCAUCUAAUGGUUGUAGCCUUGUACUUUGGACCCAUAAUUGCUGUCUACAUACAGCCCAAAAAUGAGUAUGCUCAGAAACGAACCAAGUUCUUAUCCCUCUUCUACACUGUGGUGACCCCUACCCUCAACCCAAUGAUCUAUACCUUGAGGAACAAAGAUGUGAAGGGAUCACUGAGGAGGUUACUAGGUUCAAACAAAGGCUCUAAACAUACAUAA